AGAGCUUGAAAUGUGGUAAAGGUAGUAAGAUUAUCGUAGUGCUCAAAUUGAAAUAUGGCUGUUGGAAUAGGAGGAAAUUCGCCUGCCGAAGGGGAACCACAAAAUGACGCAUACAAUGACAGCCAAGCUAUUCUGGAAGAACAGAAGGAAUGCAUAAAGGACCUGCUUAUGAAAACUUUGAACAAAGGAGAAACUUGGUAUUUAGUUGAUUCAAAGUGGUUGAAACAAUGGAAGAAAUACGUUGGUUAUGAAAGCUGGGAAGCGGAGAGAAUGGGCUUAGAGUCAAUGCAUCCAGGACCCAUUGACAAUUCUGGUCUUUUUCAAGACAACAAUUUCCAGAAGUUAAAGAAACAUCUAAUCGACGAACUUGAUUACGCUUUGCUUCCGACAAAAGCUUGGGAGAAGCUUGCGUCAUGGUAUGGCAUAUGCGAAGGUCAAACUCCUAUAGCUCGGCAGGUUGUCGAGCAUGGUAUGUUCGUGAAGCAUUGUAAGGUUGAAGUUUAUUUGGUCGAAUUGAGGCUGUGUCAGUACAAAGAUUUAGAAGACUGGAAGCCUACGUCAUUCAGUCGAGCAGAUACGAUUGGCCAUGUUGAAACGACAAUGAGGAAGAAAUUUGAUAUAUCUGAGGACAAAGACACGCGUUUAUGGAACAAAUACAUGAGUAAUACUUACGAACUUCUGAGUAGAAAAGACCAAACUAUACAAGAUUGCGGUCUGUAUAAUGGGCAGCUCGUUGUUUUGGAAGAAAAAAAUGAGGAUGGAAGUUGGACAAAAGACGUUAACAGAAGUUCAACAUUUUCAUCAUCGUCGCUUUCAACGUCGCCAAUCGAAUCAACGUUUCCCGCAAACAGUCCGUACUCAAGCCACAGCAGUGCUGGUGGAUAUUCCAGCUAUUACAACGAGUAUAAUGCUCGAGAAUCUCCGAGUCUUCCUGGCCUAUGUGGUCUCUCGAACCUGGGCAACACAUGCUUUAUGAACUCUGCUGUGCAAUGCCUCAGCAAUUGCGUCACCUUGACCAAGUUCUUCGUGAAUGACUGCUAUAAAAGCGAACUUAACAUAGAGAACCCUUUAGGCAUGCAUGGCGAGAUUGCGAAGGCUUAUGCGGGCCUCAUGCAUCAGAUGUGGUCGGGCAAGUACAGUGUUAUAUCGCCGAGGCAGUUUAAGACUGCCGUAGGGAGGUUUGCGCCUCAGUUCUCCGGUUAUCAACAGCAAGAUUCGCAGGAGCUUAUGGCAUUUCUUUUGGACGGUUUGCAUGAGGAUCUGAAUAGGAUCAAGAAAAAACCGUACGUCGAACUUAAGGACGCCGAUGGUAGACCUGAUGAAGUUGUGGCUCAAGAAUUAUGGCAAGCUCAUCGAAGAAGAAACGAUUCUAUCAUUGUCGACUUUUUUCAUGGACAGUUUAAGUCGACUUUGACUUGUCCAGAUUGCAGUAAGGUCUCCAUCACAUUCGAUCCAUUCUGUUAUCUCAGCUUGCCCCUGCCCGUAAAGAAAGAGCGUCUUAUCAAUGUAUUUUUUAUUUCAAGAGAUCCAAUGGUUUUGCCCAUGGAGUACAGGUUGACUGUACCGAAGAGAGGAACAGUUAAAGAUUUAACGAAAGCAAUGCGCAAGGAAAAUGGUGUCUCAGAAAAACAUAUGUUUGUCGUUGAUGUAUACAACCAUCGCUUCCACAAGAUAUUUGCACUUUCGGACAGUCUCAAUAAUAUAAUCGACAGAGAUGAUAUUUUUAUUUAUGAAGUUCCUGAUCAAGAAAACAAUGAUGUAAUCAGUAUCCCGGUAUAUCUCCGUGAGAAGAAACAGAGUGGUUAUUCCGCAUCAUCUAAUUUGUUUGGAAAACCGUUCUUUGUGACCGUUGAUGUUGAUUCAACGACAUACGAGGAGCUAUAUGAUGCCAUUGUUGAUAAAAUGAGACGGUUUAUCACUGUCGUUAAGGAGAAUGGCAACUCAGGCAUUAAAAACGAUGAUGAAGUACAAAAUAACGAAACAGAGGAGGAAAGAAAUGAUACGAUGGAGGAAACAAACGAUAAGAUGGAAGACGAAUCGUCUAGCGAAGUAAAGAGUGAAUCAUCAAAUUGUAAAGGAAUGCCUGUACUUUUUACAAUGUGCACAGUGAACAGUUAUGGUAGUGCUGAAAUCGAUCAUUUGAAAGAUGAUGGUAAACCGUUAAAUAUUUCUCCAAGAAGCUACGUCGCUGUGGAUUGGUAUCCCAAAAUGCGAUCAAAGUAUUACGAUGAAAAAAAGGCAGAGGAGAUGAGACACCAUGAAAGUGUUGAUCACAAAUUACAUGAAAGAAAAUUAAUCAAUUUAGACGAUUGUAUCAAUUUAUUUUUGAAUAGUGAAAAACUAAGCGCAGACGAUCCUUGGUAUUGCCCAUCGUGCAAAGAACAUCGACAGGCGACGAAAAAAUUUGAUUUGUGGACUCUACCUAAGAUCUUAAUUAUUCAUCUAAAAAGAUUUUCUUAUAACAGGUUUUGGAGGGACAAGUUGGACAUCAAAGUGGAUUUUCCGUUGACCAAUCUGGACAUGUCCAAACAUGUGAUGAAUAAGAAACAUCCCUCAGCGAUUUACGACUUACAUGCUGUAUCGAAUCAUUUUGGCGGUCUUGGCGGAGGCCAUUACACGGCAUUUUGCAAAAAUCCCAAUGGUCAAUGGUAUGAUUUCGACGAUAGCAGCGUUACGUCGAUGUCAAAAGAGAGAGUUGUUUCGUCAUCUGCGUACUUACUUUGCUACACCAGACGUGAUGAUAACUCGAACUCAGAUGAUCUCGAUGAUCAACGAAUGGAAUGCGAGGACGAAUCUCCUUCGUCCACCCUCGAAAAUAACAAUGAGCAAUGUCAUAAUAGCAUUCUUUGAUUUACCUUAUUAAUUGUGCAUGUUCAUGCAAAUAUUCCGACUUGGCAUGUUAAUCGAUCAUUAUAUUUUUUGAACCACUUAUUCUAGAAAUUCCCUUGUUUUUCUCAACACACCCGUUUAUUCUUUAUGGUAUCUCUGCAUUGUAAUUAGGGUACAUAGUGUCAUUUUGCCCAGCUAAUAAAUGUUUUUUAACGAGAAAGAUUAUAAAUUCAAA